AUGGACUUGUUCAGGGCACUUAAACUGUCAAUCGUGGACAAUGCCGUGCAAUCACCUGCUGCUGCUCCGGUGACUGAGGUCACACAAGGCACGAGCAUGACACUGGGCUUAGCCAAGAACUUUGUACACCAAGUGAAGGUGAAGGAGGGCAACGAAGCCGUCCGACCCAAGCAGCAAAAGCUGAGGAGACUUCCACUUUCCGUGAGACAGGCGGUCUCCGCGGAACUCGAGCGACUGCUGCAGCUGGACGUGAUCGAGAGGAUCGACGCUUCCCCAUGGGUCUCCCCCAUCGUAGUCACGCUACGGAAAAACGGUGCGGUGAGACUGUGUGUGGAUCUACGUGAGCCGAACAAGUCAAUUGUGAUGGACAGUUUCCCUUUGCCUCACAUGGACGAUAUAUUCUCAAACAUGAGUGGGGCAACAGUGUUUUCCACCAUUGAUUUGGCAAACGCCUACCAUCAAGUCCUCUUGGCUGAGGAGAGCCGAGACCUUACUGCAUUCAUAACUCACGAGGGACUGUUCAGAUUCAAACGAGUGCCUUACGGACUCUGCUCAGCCCCAAGCGCAUUCUGCAAAAUGAUGUCAAUACUGCUGAAAGGGCUCGAGGGGGUGCAGUACUUCCUAGACGACGUCAUCGUCUACGGCAAAAGCAAGGAGGAACACGACCGUAACCUCCAAAAGGUGCUCGCUGCGAUCAGAGAGGCUGGCCUACAGCUCAACGACGAAAAAUGCCAAUUCAACAAAUCCAGCCUGCGGUUCCUUGGGCACACCAUCUCCGCCCAGGGCCUGCAGCCACUGUCCGAGCAUGUCAGAGCCAUCACGGAGGCUCCGGCACCAACGGAUGCAACUACACUACGCUCAUUCCUGGGGCUCACAGCGUGGUACCAAAAGUUCGUCUACAACUACGCCUCGCUUGUGGAGCCCAUGCGCGCUUGCUUGCGCGAGGACACUUUUCGUUGGACUGAGGCAGCACAGGAAAGUUUCCAGGCGGUCAAGGGGUGCAUAGUCAACAGUUCAGCACUCGCCGUGUUCGACCCGAGCUUGCCAACGUAUGUGUCCCCGGACGCAUCGGACUACGGCUUGGGAGCGGUGCUGACCCAACUUCACCCGGACGGGACCGAACGCACCGUGGCAUGUGCGUCACGUACCCUUUCCUCUGCUGAGCGCAAGUACUCCAUCGUGGAAAAAGAGGCACUGGCCUGCGUGUGGUCAGUGGAAAAGUGGAGAUCUUUCCUGUGGGGCACGAGAUUCACGCUCCGCACAGACCACCAGGCGCUGACUACCCUGCUUGCAACCAAGGGCCUGGGCCGUGCAGGAAUGCGCAUUGCCCGUUGGUCUGCGAGACUGCUGUGCUUCACGUACGACAUGGAAUACCGCCCUGGCUCACAAAAUCAGCCGGCAGACUGCUUUUCCCGUCUUCCUCUGCCAGCUGAGGAGGACACUGAAUCAGUGACAGAGCCAGAGCUCGUUGCUCUGUUGGACACAGAGCUGAAAGCGCUCUCAAUAGACCAGUUCACCGAGGCAUGCGAGGCUUGCCCCGAAUUGACAGCUCUCCGAGAGCAGAUACACCGGGGCUGGCCGAAGAACCAAAAAUCUCUGCCAAACGAACUGAUACCAUACUUCUCAGAGAGAGAUGAACUUUCUGUGCAGGACAUGAUCAUUUACCGGGGCCCUCACCGCCGCGUUGUGCCAGUGGCGUUGAGAGAACAGCUGCUGGGCCUAGCACACGAGACACACCAGGGCAUCGUGCGCACAAAGCAGAUGUUGCGGGACUUGUACUGGUGGCCCGGGAUGGAUGCGCGUGUGCAGGACAGCACGCGCAACUGCGAAGCUUGUCGGCUGAAUGACAAAAGUGCUAAAACUCAUGUUGCUCCUCUUCAGCCGGUGGCGCUGCCUGAUGCCCCAUGGCAGAAACUGGGCAUCGAUAUCGUUGGGCCGUUCGAGUCUGCGACCUGGGACUGCCGCUACGCAGUCACUCUUGUGGAUUACUUCACAAAAUGGCCGGAGGUCGCUUUCACUUCUACAAUCACCACUGCGUCAAUCACCUCCUUUCUAUCUGCAGUCUUUGGCCGAUUCGGAAACCCUACCGAAUUGGUGAGCGAUAACGGAACGCAGUUUACAUCCAACGAGUUUGCCGAGUACCUUGCCGUGAGGGACAUCAAACACCGCAAAGUAUCCCUCUACUACCCUCAAGCGAACGGCGCCGUGGAGCGCUGGAACCGCGUUCUGAAAGAAACACUGCCGAACAGCUGA